UCCCCAAUAUCAAAAAACCGUACACGAUAACCUCGCCUCCUCCCCUUUCUCCUCCUCUCCUCACUCUCCUGUAAACUGUUGGAAUAGCCUUUGCCCAUUAAUUGCGACUUCGUUUUGAAUCUUUGUGCUCGUUUUAAAGAGUAAAAAACCUGAAGAGUACUUUGCUACCCCACCCCUCUCAAAAAUCGAUGACCCGAGUCUGUUCUGAACAAAUCGAUUUGCCCUCGCCAUCUCGCCAACGCCCUCCCUCGGUCGCCCGGUCGGCCGCCUAGGGUAAGACCACCACGAAACAAACCUCAAUCCUUCAUUCUACCCCAAAGGGCUUCACAUAACUUAUCUUUGGCUACGCUUCUUCUUGGCUAUCAAAUGCUGCACUCUUGACGCCGCAGCCUCGAGGCUACCUGCUGAAUCUCAACUCGAGCCCUGCAAUAUCUGGCUCUCCCUUCUCCGCACGGCACCAACACUCGGUUUCACUCGCUAUCAGCGAGAGCCAGUGCCCACGACACUGCAAUGUCGACGCCCUCAGCGACGACUGCUGUUCUACCUCACCCCGAUCUCCAUUUCGGCUACUCUCACCAUCAGAAUUACCAGCCAAAUUCCGCGUCCUUUCGAGCCAACAGCAACCUGGUGAAGGCCACCAGCCGUCGGGGUCCACCAUACAAGUUCCCUGCAUCAUCUGGCAAUCUCACCGCGCCCAGUCUGGACGUGGCCUCUCUGCAUCACGUAGAAGACACCAACAGGGCUCAUUUACACGAGGAAGACGAUCAGAGUCCGAUCAUGCCACAGGUGCAGACCGCCACCACACUCCAGACCCCCAAGAAGCGGCGGCGGUCUCGCGAGCCCGACUGGAGAAAUUUCUACAAGAAUGGCCUGCCCAAGGAAAUCAUCGUGAUCGAUGACUCCCCCCCUCCUCGCGCCUCCGCAUCGGUCGAGGCCGUGGCCAGCGGGCCCCGAACUGACGAUAAUGCCGGCGCCAAUGGAGCGGCUCUGAGGCACGCUGCCAAAAAACGGAAACGUGACGACAUGUACGAUCCGAUAUACCAUAUCAAGGCUGGGCCUUCACAGACGCGAAGCCCGCACUACAAGGGCUCGAAUGCGAGUUCGACCAUAUCUACCGAUCGCACGACGUCAGCGAUACACACUACGGCCGCGACGUCGCUGGGGUCGCAAUAUUCGAAUAAUGGCUCGAGAGGGUACCUGGUCGACGACACAACACAGCCGGGCCAGAAGAGGAAGAGGGUCGCGACCCGACAACAGCUGGCCAACGAGGCGAAGAGGAGAGAGAUUGAAAUUAAUGGCGAUGCUUUCACAAAUUAUAGGCCUCCGCCGAGGCCGCCGAUAAAGGCCCCCGAGGUCAAUGUCAAGGUUAUGCAAGAUAACUCGCAUACCAAGAACAGCAAAGUGGAUGACGAGGAUGGACAUUAUAUCGUGGUUCCCGAUACGGAUCUCACGGAGAGAUACGAAGUACAGAAACUCCUCGGCCAAGGCACAUUUGGCAAAGUCGUUCAGGCCCGGGACCGCAGGAGAGGCGGCUCUUUAGUUGCCAUUAAGAUUAUUCGAUCCGUCCAGAAAUAUCGAGACGCUUCCCGGAUAGAGCUGCGAGUAUUGUCGACUCUAAAAGCCAACGACACCGAGAACCGGAACAGGUGUAUACAUUUCCGUGACUGUUUUGACUACCGCGGACAUAUCUGUAUUGUCAUGGACCUGAUGGGACAGUCGGUAUUCGAUUUCCUGAAGGGAAACAGCUUUACGCCGUUUCCGAACAGUCAGAUCCAGAGCUUUGCUCGUCAGUUAUUUACAAGUGUUGCCUUUCUUCACGACCUAAAUCUGAUACACACGGAUCUAAAACCCGAAAAUAUCCUCCUCUGUGAGAAUGCAUAUCAGACCUUCACAUACAACCGCAAGAUCCCCUCCUCCUCGACGCAAAUCAACCGUCAAGCGGGACAACGGAAAGUAUUACUAGACACCGAAAUCCGACUCAUCGACUUCGGGUCCGCUACUUUCCAGGACGAGUACCACUCCUCGGUCGUCUCCACGCGGCAUUACCGCGCGCCGGAGAUUAUCCUAGGGCUGGGCUGGUCGUAUCCUUGUGAUAUCUGGAGUAUCGGGUGCAUACUUGUUGAGUUCUUCACGGGUGAUGCGCUGUUCCAGACGCAUGAUAAUUUGGAGCACUUGGCUAUGAUGGAGAGUGUGGUUGAUGCUAAGAUGGAUCCAUAUCUCAUCCAGCAGGUUAACAAGAUGAGCCAGCGGAGUAGUGGGGGGAAUGGGACUGCUGUUGCAAAAUAUUUCAAGCGCCUGAAACUCGACUACCCAACCGCAGAAACAACCCGAGCAUCAAAACGAUUUGUCAAAGCCAUGAAAAAGCUAGAGGACAUCAUCCCCCGCAACAACGACUUCUGUACACACUUCCUCGACCUCCUAAACCGCAUCUUCGUCUACGACCCCAACGACCGCAUCACCGCCAAGCAAGCCCUCCAACACCCCUGGUUCAAAGAAGUCGCCACCCCCGACGACGGCACGGAGGCGAUCAAGAUUAAACUCCAGCGCGAGAAGGAGCGGGAUGAAAGGCAUAGGGCGAAUGGGAUGGGGCCGCAUCACUAUCAAUGACCCCUGGCCCUUAGGUCGUGGGAUAGGAGUAAUAAAAAGGAAACAAUCAUUGUGUGUUAGGGGAAAUGGGGCACACAGAACGGUGCCCUGAAGAUAUGCGAUGAUCAACAAACCUCACAGCCGUACCACCGCCGUGCUGCUACCUCCCAUCUCUAAACGGUGCUGAACGGAUGAGCGGGCAGACGACGAUGGUGGGGGGGUGAGUUAUUUAAUGACUAUGGAAAGGCGGG